AUGAGUGAGAAAAGCAAAGUUGCUGUUGUUGGUGCCGGCGUAGCAGGCCUAACGACCGCCCUCCUCCUCUCGAAGCGCGGCCAUUCCGUCGCCGUCGUGGCAAAACACAUGCCGGGGGACUACGACAUAGAGUACACCUCUCCGUGGGCGGGGGCAAGCUACCUUCCUGUAUCAGCGCCGGGCACCCGGGAAGCAGAAUGGGACCAGAUCACUUUUGCAGAGCUUUACAGACUGACCACCCAAGUCCCAGAGGCCGGCAUUCACUUCCAAGAUGUGAUAACCUACCGACGGGAGAAGGACAAGGGGAGCGUUACGGCAGAUUGGUUUUCCGAGUUGUUGAAGGAAAGGCCUUGGUUUGCUAACAUAGUUCCGGAGUUCCGAACAAUCCCGAAAGCGGACCUCCCGCCAAGCGUCGACUUUGGCACGAGGUGGAAGUCAAUGUGCAUUAACCCCGCAAUAUACCUCCCAUACUUACUAUCCCAGUGCCUCAAACGGCAGGUGAGGUUCCGCCGGGGCACACUAACGCACAUCUGCGAAGCCGUUAACUUCCACCCCGAAUACACCUCUUGUUCUGAUAUAGCAGUUGUAAAUUGCACAGGCCUGGGAUCUUACACCCUCAGCGGCGUCACUGACUCGAGCCUAACUCCGGCCCGUGGGCAAAUAGUCCUAGUCCGUAACACUGCGCCGGCCAUAAUCGAAGUAUCGGGUACAGACGACGGCGAGGACGAGGUGACGUACAUAAUGACUCGCGCGGCCGGCGGCGGCACAGUUCUGGGGGGGACGUAUCAGAAGGGGAAUUGGAGCUCUGCUCCGGAUGAGGCUACUGCUGAGAGGAUUAAGAAGAGGGCGGUCGAAUGGUGUCCGGAGUUGGUGGGGAAGGGGGAAGGAGUUGAGGGGCUGGAUGUUAUAAGACAUGGAGUGGGUUUGAGGCCUCUCAGGGUGGGCGGGGCCAGGGUUGAGAGGGAGGUUAUUGGGGGUGCGAGGGUUGUGCACAAUUAUGGGGCGGGGGGGUUCGGUUAUCAAGCGAGUUACGGAAUGGCGGAGGAAGCUGUUAGGUUGGUCGAGGAGAGUCUUGAGGAAGUGAAGGCAAGGCUCUGAGUCAGAGGGUUUAAACAAAAUUAAAUCUAAGUGAGUGAUUCAAAGAUCCAGUAUCGUAGGAGGACCUCAAAAUUUCAGCAAAAUAUGGUAGUAAAGAGUAUUUCUCGGAAUGCAUUGGAAUGGUGAUUGGUGCCGAGGAUUGUGUUGUGGGUCUCUGGAGAUAUGGGUUUCAUUCUUGGGCCAAGAAUGAGAGUGGCUUGUGGAUUUCAUUCCAGGACCAGGAAUGAGUGGUUGCGCUGAAUUUAGAUGUUUGUAUAUAUAUGCAGUUUGUAUCGCCUAUUAUUGUUUUGACAGUGA